AUGGAUGUACAUCGGAUCAUUCAGCCCUCGAGGAGGUACGUCUCGGUCUUUCUGCUUUUCUCUGCAGUCCUGAACAUGGCAUCUGCCGUUACCCAUUAUUCUAUUCCCGAGGAAAUGGAGGAAGGCUCUAUUGUUGCUAAUCUAGCCACUGAUUUGGGACUAGAUAUGAAAACCUUAAGCAACCGCAAGAUGCGGUUAGAUACCAUAGCUAAUAAGAAAUAUGUGGACGUUAAUAAGGACACAGGAGAAAUGUAUAUCGCUGAGAAGAUAGACAGGGAACUGCUUUGCAACAUUAAGACAGCUACUUGUUAUUUAAAAAUGGAAGUUGUCCUUGAGAACCCACUGAGGAUAUUUAACAUAGAGUUAGAAAUAAUGGAUAUCAAUGAUAAUGCGCCACAAUUUCGAAGAGAUACAAUACAUUUAGAUAUAUCCGAGUCUACACCGUUAGGUGAGCGAUUUUCUUUAAGCAAUGCGGUUGACCCUGAUAUUGGUGCAAACUCGGUGAAAACCUAUCAUCUUAGCGAAAGCCACCAUUUUGGUAUUGAAAUUCAGACUGGAAGAGACGGAUCGAAGUUUGCUGAUUUGAUUCUGAAAACGGCUUUAGACCGAGAGAAGCAGGCGUUUCAAAAUCUAAUACUCACGGCUGUAGACAGCGGGGUACCCACGCGCUCGGGUACAGCCAGCAUCAUUGUUCAUGUGUUAGAUACAAAUGACAACGCCCCUUAUUUUGAAAAGGAAAGCUUUCGUAUAAACGUACCGGAGAACUCCCCAAUCGGAAAUCUUGUAGUGAAGUUAAACGCAACAGACUUAGACGAAGGGUCAAAUGCAGAAGUAAUAUACUCAUACAGUCUUUAUACAACAGAAAAGACACAGGGCACGUUCAAAUUAAAUCCUGAUAGCGGUGAGAUAACUGUAAAGGAAAUGAUCAAUUAUGAAGACUUUAGGAUCUAUGACAUGGAAGUCAUUGCAACAGAUAAGGGGGCCAACUCUUUGUCAGGUCAGUGUAAAUUAACUAUUUUAGUGACAGAUAUGAAUGAUAAUCAUCCAGAAAUGUCAAUCAAAUCAUUUCAAAGUCCUAUAAAGGAGGAUAUAGCAGUAGACACGGUGAUAGCAGUUGUCAGUGUCAGCGAUAAAGAUUCAGGUGAAAAUGGGAUUGUAGAUAUUCGUAUUCCUGAUGAAUUACCUUUUGCACUAAGAGAGUCUUCUGGUAACUAUUAUGAGUUAGUAGUAUCAGAACCUCUAGACCGUGAGAAGGUCCCAGAAUAUGACAUAACUUUUACCGUAACAGACAGGGGUUCCCCUCCGCUAUCUGACAACGAAACGAUGACUUUAGAACUACUAGACGUUAACGACAACGUUCCACAGUUCCCCCAGUCGUUCUACACUAUACCCGUUAUGGAGAAUAACGCGCCUGGGGCCUUGCUAAGUUCCCUCACUGCGUUUGAUCCAGACCUCCAUGAAAACCAGUAUCUAGUUUAUUUCAUCAUAGAAAAGGAGAUAGUGAACACCUCCAUUUCCAUGCUGUUUUCCAUCAAUCCGGAGAACGGUAAUCUUUACGCACUGAAGACGUUUGACUAUGAGAUAGAGAAGGAGUUUAUUUUCCACAUUGAGGCCAGAGACUCUGGUGUUCCUCCUCUCAGCAGUAACGUGACUGUCCACAUCAUUAUUGUUGAUCAGAACGACAACACCCCGGUCAUAGUCUCUCCGUGGCGCGUGCACGGCUCCUUGGUGGAGGAAAAGAUUCCCAGAUCCACCGAUAAAGGAUCCCUGGUCUCUAAGGUGAUAGCCAUAGACACGGACUCGGUCCAGAACUCUCGGAUUACAUACCAGUUUCUACAGGUUACUGACGCCACCUUAUUCAGUCUGGACCAAUACAAUGGAGAUAUCCGGACCAUGAGAAUGUUCAGUUACAGAGAUCCGCGUCAUCAACGGCUGGUUGUCAUCGCCAAGGACAACGGGGAACCUGCUCUGUCAGCUACAGUUACCAUCAAGCUGUCAACAGUGGAGACUGUUGUUAAAGCCUACUCUGACAUGACUGAAGUGCCUCUAGAAUAUGACAUAUUUUCAGACUUAAACCUGUAUUUGGUGAUCGGCUUGGGCUCGGUGUCCUUUCUGUUACUGAUCACCAUAUUGGUCACCUGUGUGCUGAAGUGUCAGAAACCGAUGCCCAGCAAAGCGGCUCCUCCCAGUAGGAACAGCGUGAUCAGCGAGAGGAACUCGACCAUCGCAGAUUCCACCCUGGUCUCCAACGAUGCCUACUGGUACAGUCUGUUUCUAGCAGAGACCAGGAAAGGAAAGCUGGUAGUCAGACAGCCUGUGCCAAAGGCGGGCUCCAGAUACAUUGUGUCCAGUUUACCAAGGAGCACGGGCCUGACAGAGACCAGCGACUCAGCAGCCUCUACUCUGCAGGGCACAAAGUGA